GCUAAAAGCUUUUUGUGCUGCCAGUGGAGCAGCAUGGAGGGGAAAGGAGAGCCGACGGGAGUGGUCAGAGCAGAGGGGAGGGAAAAUGAAGGGCCUCCCUCACCGUUGCCAGGGCAACUUGAUGUCACGGUGACAUCAUGCACCACUAAAAGCUUUUAACCGGAUUCCUCUCCCGCCUUAGGCCCCAUUUUGAGUCCUCUUUCAGCUAGGCUAGUGGGAAGGGCACGGGCAGGACGGUGGUGUGUGUGCCUUCUUGCAUGUUUCAACCCCCCCCCCUCCCCCUCCCCCGCCCCCUCCUCACACGGCUCUUAGCGCGGUAAAAGACCCUUUCAAAUUCAACCUCUAAAGAUCCUGUUUCUGCAAACACCACCAGCUUCAGGCCAAGAGAGCCAUUUAGAGAGAAAAAAUGGCAUCAGAGGAUGGUUUCAGCUACCUGAUGCCGGGCCACAGUGAGAAGCACAGGCGGGCCCCGAACUGGACCGACGGCGAAAUGAAAGCCCUCCUCUACGUGUGGGAGGAACACCACAACGAACUGAAAAUGAGCAAGAGGAACGCCAAGGUUUAUGAGAAGAUGUCCCAGAGGUUUUUCCAGCUGACCGGAGAGCAGCGUUUCAAGGAGGAGAUCAAGAUGAAAAUCACCAACAUGUCCUUCCAGUACAGGCGACUGAAGUCCACAGUGGGUGAAAGUGGGGAAACGCCGGACUGGCCGUACUUUAAGGCCAUCGAGAAGAUCCUCACCAAGCCGCUGGAGAACGGGCGGGCGAGCUCUCUGGAGUUUCAGGCCUCGGCCGCAGGUCCGUCCACUUCCGCCCAGUCCACUGACAACCUGGUGGCCACGUCGGAGGAUGGCUUAGUGGGAUUCCUGCCGGAGUACACCGGCUCCUCGGAUGAGAUGGAGAUAAAGCAAGAACUGGACUCCUUGAGCUCUGACAGCGACAACACACAGGGCUCCAGCUCCCGUCCUAUCUCGGCGAGGAGGAGGCAUGCCAACAGGCAUCUCGCCGUGAAGAAGAAGAAGCUGCGGGUGAUGCAGGCCAUGCUACAGCAGCAAAAGAGGUCGAGCCGGGCCAUCGAGGAGACGUGCAGGGAGGUCCGUCGAGCCAUGCAUCAGCAGAACCUGCUCCAGGUCCAGUGUCUGCAGCUGCAGGAGCGCAUGAUGAACCUCCUGGAGAAGAUGAUCCAGCCUCCCUCCGCCACGUCAGCGUCGUGGGGUCCGGGUGGGGUCAAAGACCCAGGGAAGCCCUGAAGUGCGUGGGUCGUGAUUAUUGGGAGACAUCACGGUCUUGCCUCCCCAAUAGCCUCUUUGACACAAAAGAUAAAGCAUAUUUAUUUGGGAUUUCAGUUUAACAUUGAACCGAGCAGCACAAAAAACAUGCUGUUCUGAUUUCCGUCGCUGUCUCCAGCCUAAGUUUCAUUAAUGGAAGUCAGGCGCCGGUGUUUCCAUUUCAAGGACAUUUGUAGCAGAUCUCAUUUCCUGAUCAUUUGUACCCUGUCACUGUGGCAACAACUGCGUAGCAAAAACAGACUUAUCUUGUGACUUCAGUUUUUUUCUCCACUGUGCCGGGAUAAUUACAAGUUGGGGAAGGUUCGAUGCCAAAACAGGGCAAUUUUUCUAAUGGACCAGGAGUUGAGGCAAUAAUCCCUGAUGCUGUUACAGAGUGAGUUGUCAGCAACUAGCAUCAUGAUCAUGACAAACUGCGUCGGAUUUGUUGUAAAGGGCCAUUUUUACAGCUCUGAGAUAUGUCAUUUGUGUGCUCAAUAGUGGAACAGUUUGGUCUACGGUCUCUCACAGAAGGGACAUACUUGUGUCUAAAGUCUAACCGUGAUUCGACAAUGUCACACUGAUGUAGCUCCACAUAACUGAUGGAAAAAUACGAGGAAUACUAAAGUAAAUUUCCUGUUUUAAAUUGUAAGGAAAAAUUCAAGGUGAAGUUCAUUUAUAUGUGAUGGAUAAACUAAACCCUUCCUCUUUUCAAAUCCAGCAUCUUCAGAUUACAGUGUGAAGUCUGUCUGCACAACGACUGAACUGAGUAGAGUAGAGCAACAUAUAACAUUCAUACAUUUAAUGUUGGGUGGCAUCGCGCUUUAACAGUGUAACGCUUACAUUUUUCUUUUCAAUGCUAUGUGAAGAUGACCUGUUGUCGUUCCGCAUUUCUGAUGAAUAAAACAACUCGUGUUCUGGC